AUGCGUAUUGGACUACAGAGCGAUUUAGCUGCAGAACUGUUUGCCAAACAAUUGCUGGAUAUUGGUAACGGAAACGUAAGUCUUCAUGAAAAUACGCACUUUAUUAAAUUGCCAGAAAAUGGUUAUAAAAUUGUUAAUUCGGAAGAGGAGUUAAUAGAAAACGUAUUUCCUAACAUAUAUCAAAAUUAUCAGAACCAUCAAUGGCUUCAAAGUAGAGCGAUUCUGGCUGCCAAGAACUUAGAUGUCGAUGAAAUCAAUUUCAAAAUUCAAGCUAAGCCUUCUGAUCAAUAUAUAUACGUACAUAUUGUUCAUGACUUAGCUUUAAGUUAA